AUGUUGCCCAAGUGUUUGCUUCUUGUCUGCUUGUUCGCAUCGCUCAAUGGACAGCCGGCCGUAGCGAAGCCUCUUCAUUUCGUAUGCUCCGGACAGUCGUCACCGGGUGCGGGAUGUCUUCUGAGUGGUAUCAACAUACGUCCAGAGGAUGUCAUUACGAGUCCACCGAACAUACGACCGGCGAACGAUCGGAAGGUAGCAUUCCAACAGUCGAACCUUGCGUAUCUGCCGCCGGGUUUGUUCGAACAGUUUCCCCACCUGGAACAGCUAAACGCAUCCGGUGUUACGCUCGGUUCCAUCCCGGCGGGCUGCUUCGAUAAGGCCACAAAGCUUACCCGGCUGAACCUGGCGUACAAUCGGCUGCAAACGCUCCCGCCGAAGGCAUUCCACAAACAGACCGGUCUCGAGCAGCUAGAGCUCCAGAACAACACACUCGCAAUGUUCGAUGGAUCGGUCCUGCCGGAAAAUGCUCCCCUGAGGUCGCUGAACCUGUCCGGCAAUGGACUAACCGAGAUUCGGUGGGAACCGCUGAACAAACUCCGCACACUGGAAACGCUUGACGUCAGCAACAAUGGGUUGGGGUCGAUUUACGUUACCAAAUCGCUGCGCGUACUCAAAGCAGCCAACAAUCGUGCCAGUUCGCUCCAGACCGAUGCGAACAAUUUCAUCUUCGUGCUGGAACAGCUCGAUCUGAGCAGGAACGAAUUUCGGGAGCUGUCCGGUGUGGCACGGUUCGCCAAAGUGACACACCUCGAUGCAUCCCACAAUCAGCUGGAAUCGUUCGAUUUUUCCCUCGUCCGCAAUAUGCGCUCCCUGGUGGCACUGAACCUGGCGUACAAUAGACUGUUCGCCGUCAGCACUACCGGCUCACCACCGACCGCUGCCGGUACGCUCGAGGUGGUAGACUUGUCGAACAACUUCCUGACCACACUGCCGUCCACCAAUGCGAGUGGCGUUUCGUCCACCCGGAAGCUACACCUGGAAGGGAACGGACUGGUGAAUAUGGAGGUGCACGAAAAUGCACUGUACUGGCCGCGGUUAAAAUCGAUCACGCUGGGCGAUAAUGAUUGGCAAUGCGAGUUUGCCGAGCGGAUUUUUGCCAUCCUGACGCGAAGGUCGAUUGCGGUCGGCGGUGACGCUGAUAAGUGUGGCCGGGUGGGCCAUAUCAAGAAGGGGCGGCUAUGCUGUGCGGAGCUCAAAAAUCCCUACCUCGACCGGUUGAUAAGGACGCGCAUGCAGAUGGAGACUGACAAACAGAUCCUCAGCGGACUCCCGUCGGUGGUAGGUGGUGUUGCCGAAGGUGACGUACAGAAGCGAACCGAUCAGCUGCGUAAAGCUUUAACGGUAGUUAGUCAUUUGCAAAAGGAUAAAACGCAACUCGAGGCUAGCAAUGUGGCACUGACGAAAGCUUUGGAGGAGGAGCGAGCGAAAAAUAAAAUGCUGCAGGAAUCGGCCGGACGUCAACCGUCAGCCGUAGGUACAUCGGCGGAUGCGGCGAAGGAAAAGAUCGAUCUUCAGGCGGCUCUGGCAAGGUCCCAGAGCGAGGUGAACAGUCUGAGAGCUCAGCUGACAAAGUGCUCCUCGACAGUGAACACACGCACCGGACAAACGGUCAUUAUACAAUAG